AUGCCACAUUUUGAGUCUAUAAGUACAAAUGUUCAAUUUGAUCGGUGUCUCUCAUUCAUGUCUUUAUGGCCUUUCGUGCAGUGUAUCCAAUUAUGGAAAUUAGACGGAUAUUGCCCAAUCAGAUUCCAUUCAGAAAGUAGGUCACGCCGCCAUUUCUUUGGGCAAAGCACUUUCGACUUCACUCUAAAACAGCAGUUAUCGAUAAUGCGGAAAAGCAUAAUUAGCACUCGUGCAGAGAAAAGAAAGCUUGAGGAAGAUGAAAAGGCAGAUGUUGGGACAGAACUGAAGAGUGAACCAGCUGUAGAAGAUGUUAAAGCACCAACUGAUGAUGCAGAUAAACAUGAGGAGGAGGCUUGCAUGGUGAUUGAUACUGAACAAAAUGAGCAUGAAGCACAAGACUCUGACGUUAUAAUAAAAAAAGAAUUUGGUGAGGAUGAGACACUAGAGCUUCUAGAACAACAUAGAAAUGAAGAUGGGGAAGAGGUGUAUGAUGAAGGUGGGGAUGCUGGGGCUCAGGAAACUUCAGAGCUACAUGGACAAACAGAACGUGAUCUCAUGCACAUGUUCAAAUCACAUAUUCAAGAGAUCAUACUAACCUUACACGAGUCCACAGAUGGCUUCAAGUCAAAGCCUAAGGUGAAAGCGAGGAAACGUAAAAAGAUCGACUUUGAAGACAUCCAGAAAAAUUUCCUCCCACCAUUACUCGAGAAAAAGAAUGAAAUCUUAUCAAAAUUAGGUGAACUUUUCACCGAUAUUUGUGAGCCUCAUGGUAAUAUGCUGAACAUGGUAAAGAGGAAAGUGAUACCGAAUGAUGAGGGCAAGAGCCAAUCAAGUAAAGGUCGGAAUAGAAAAAGUACUGUGAGGUACCCAGAACAGAACGCCAUCCUUUUAUAUGUCCAAGUAUCAAGUCCUGAUGCCCUUGAUGACUUAAAUGAGAACUUGUGGGUUAUUGGAGAUUUCCUUACCGAAUCUCUUCUUAAAGAUAUGCAGACAAAAUCUACCAAUCCAUUAUUUGUCAGAGCCAGUAUUAAUCAAAGUGAUUUUGAUAGGGGGAUGAGGUUUUUCAGUGAAGGUAGCUCGAAUGAUGGGUUCGUUGAAGGCCAGGAAGAAGUUGAUAUAGAAGGUGACGCUGGGCCCUCAGAGCAUGAUGAUAUAGAGGGAGCUGUCAUACAAUGCAUGCAGGAAAUGCAUGAUGCAAGCAAUAAGAGCAAAUUUGUUCAUGUCAGAGGAUAUAAGAAGCCAAUUCUUACUAAAGGUGCACGGUUAAAGACAAAAAUGAUGCCUUUAAGCCCAAUGGAGCGAGAAAAAAUGCGUUAUUGGCUGACCAAGCAAGUGGACUCGGGGGAGGUUCCAGGAUUACAAUGGCAAGAUGAGGCUAAAACGCUAAUUCGUAUCCCAUGGGUCCAUGCUGCACGGCAUUGCUGGAACUACAAUGAUGCUGAUGUUUUCAAGCGCUGGGCUUUACAUACAAGAAAGUACUUAGAAGGAGAGGAACCAAACCCUAAACAAUGGAAAGCAAACUUUAGAUGUGCUCUUAACAGCCUGCCUGACAUCCAGCUUGUGUCUACCAUGGGGGUGAAACAGGGGGGUGAGGCAUACAGGGUCUACAGACUACUGGCGGAUGAUGAAGCUGCCAAGGUGCGUGCAGAGAGGCUGGCACAACAGGAGGCUGCUAAAGGAGUCAAGCCUGUACGUCCUCAAGUCCAGGACAACGAUGGGCUGCUCUCAUGGUUGAUUAAACAGACAGACAAAGGAGAAAUUCCUGAGUUGGCCUGGUUUGAUAAGAGAAAGACAAUGAUUAAGAUACCUUGGGUGCAUUCUGGAAUUAACUGCUGGAGGGCUGAGAAAGAAAACUCUGUCUUCAAAGCAUGGGCUGUACACACAGGUCGAUAUAAAGAGGGUGGUCCAACAGUGAAUGCCAAACAAUGGAAAGUCAACUUUAGAUGUGCUUUAAAUAGUCUCCAGACCAUCAGUGAAGUGAAACAACUUAGCUUUACAGUGGGCCACAAAGCAUAUAGAGUCUACAAGAUACGGAAUGAAAAACGAAAAUUAGAUGGUAAAUCUAUCUCAAAGCUGAUCAAGAAGGCCAGUGAGAAACAUAAGGCUGAGCAACUAGCUGAGUUAGAGUAUGCACGUUUGCAAAGACAGGGUAAUAACAACUUCAGGAUUCUAAAGAAGUCAGUUGACAGUGAAAGUGCAACUCACACAGUUUCUGUUUCAGAAGAAGCGACAGAUGAAAGCCAGAUGACUCCCAAUGUGCUUACAAUACGAUCUGGGCAACUGGUCACCAUUCAGAGAGCAGCCUCAACUGGCUCAGUUAUGACUGGGAAACUCCCUACUUCUGAGGCAGAAUGCCUUAGAGUAUCCCCUGGGGAAACCCCCCAUGACACCACCCCCCAGCCUCAGACAAUAGCAAAACAGCAGGUUAUCCUUCAAGGUGAAGUUCAAAUGGGGAAAUCAGCACACAUAUUACUGAAUAAACAGUUGCCUCAAAAAGCAAAUCAAGUGUUCAUAGGAGGAAAUGUUCUACAAGGUGGUAAUGUGGUACAAAGUGGUAAUGUAACGCAUGUACCUGGUAAUCAGGUGAUAACUAGUAAAGGAAGCUUAAUGCAGCAGUCCUCUGCUAUCUCAGUUCAAACAGGCAGUUCUGUGUUAAGCUCUGCACUGAAUUCCGCUCAGGUGGUUACCAGUCCUGGUCUGGGCCAGUCAAGGACAACAAUGGUGGCCAUACCCACCUCCCAGCUUCAACAGCAGUUGCAGCAGGUGCAGAAAGUACAGCUGAGCCAACAACUACAGCAUGUCCAAAAAGUACAACAGGUCCAAAAAAUACAGCAGAUCCCCCAAGGCAUGGUUGUCAGACCACAGACUAUUACACUGACACCAUCAAGUGUAGUCCCAAUGUCUAACCAUCCCAAACUGACACUUGCCCCCUCAUCUAGCACCAAAACAGUGACCCUAACCCCCACUAAUGUAGUAUCUGCUCCCAAGCAGAUUCAGCCAACCAUAGGGACCACUAUACAACUGAAUCAGACAGUGGCUGGUGCUGCAGUCAACACAACGGAUGGAACUCAAAUCUAUGCUCCCAAUCUACGCAAACUGAUGGCUAAGCCUAUACAGGUUCAGGGAGGAGGUACUCCAGGUGCUACCAUACUACGUCUUACCCCUAACCCUAAUACUCAAGCCCCCACCCUCGGCCAACCCAUCACAUUGACCCCUGCUUUAGCCCAACAGCUAGUGUCAUUCCUACCUCAGGGUCCUGGAGGUCAGACACUUGCAGCACUGAACCCUAACAUGGCUAACCUUCCCGUGAAGUUUGUUAUUCGUCCAGUAGAGAAAACAUCAGCACCACCCACACAUAAGGCUUCAGUGACGACACAACCAAAAGUUGUUGUUGAAAAUCUCGAAAGUGUGAAGUCUAACAACCUGGUGAAUGCCAAUACUGAAGAGAUCUUCCCUUCUCUUGUGGAAGAGGUUGUCACCAGUCCUAGCACAGAACAUAACCCAGGUGAGCGAUUUGAUCCUGCCACCUGAGGUGAUUAAUCAGGUGGUCAGUGCAACAGACCUAGAGGAAAUCAGCAAGAAACUUGAAAACAACACAAAGCUGGACAACGUUGGUAAAGAGGAAUCCACCAACUCAGAUAUCACUUCUGUUCUGACAUUCUGGCGCUCCGAGGCAGGCUCCCAAGCAACUCUAGGCAACCUGAUCAGUGUUUUACGUACUGCUGGCAUCAAAGAUCACACUUAUAAGGAAAUAAUCCAAGAUAAGUUUCUCCGGAGCUCCCAACCACAUUGGAGCCUUGAGUUGGCUCCUGAAGAUUUAAAGAGCCAAAUCACAGAGAUUGAUAUGACAAGGAUAUCUCAUAAAAUGACAAUGAUUCCUGUUGAUAUGAUUAUAAAUGGGCUUGGAUUCACCCCAAAGGAACUUGAAGCAUUUAUGUCUAUGAAUAAAGGAGAUAUUCAACGACAGACUAAUAAGAUCCUAUCAACUUGGCGUUCUAGAGAGGGGACAUCCGCAACUGUUGAUAAACUGGUAUCAAUAUUUCGAAAAUAUAACAUCAGUGAUGAGGCAUACAAGGAUGUCCUCCUGAGUACAUAUUGUAAAGAUGAUGUUCAAGUGUAAAGUAAAGUGUAUUGUACAGAAGAUUCACUCAAUCGUUUUAUUUUUACUUUUAUUAUGCUUUCUCUUCCUCAUAGUUAGCAUGGCUAAUGUGUUUGUUGAUCAAUAUGCCCGUUGAUUCUUUGGGAACAAAUCUUAUAUUUUCAAAAAGCAAUGGUUUGAAUAAGCUUUCCAAUUAAGUUACUUCCGAUUCAAUGUUUGUUGAAAGUAUGUCUGUGUAGAUACAGGUAGAUUGGAUAUCAUUAUUAUUCAGAAUAUUUGAAAUAUAGUGUCUCUCGCUCUACAAGAUUGGCUCAGUUUCGAGGAAGUAUGUAUAAAUACCAGUUUCAUUUUGAUUUUCUUUUUUCUUAAAAUCAAAAUUGCUACAAAACAUCAUGGCAUUCAACUAGAUGCCCAUGAAAACAUUAAAACACAAAACCAUGGAAUUCUGAUUACAAUUUCCAAAAUCAUGGAACUUGAUUGCAUUUUUCCAAAGAUCAUGGAGUUUGAUUGCACUAGAAAAAUAUUUGUUUAAGAAAUGUAAACAGGCGCAUGAUUUCUGAAAACUGCAUGGGUGUAUAUUUCUUCUUUUUUCUUUUUUUUAUAUAAGUAAAUCUUUAUUUUCAC